UCUGGCGUCUUGCCGCUCUUGCCCUGCUUUCUCCCCUCUGUCCUCACCUUGUUUUCUCGGCCACAUCUUUCUUCUCUUCUCACUUCUUCUCCUCAUUCCCAUCCAAUCCCUCUUUUGCCUCUCUUGGUCUUCUACUUGCUUUUCCUUUCUUGUUUUUGGGUUCCAGUUCUCUCUCCUUCUCUCAUGGAUGGCCAAGAUCUGGAUGAGCAGCAAGAAAAUAGAGUGCUUAUGCUGCCUCGUGAGUCUAUACAGCCAGAUCCUGGGAUUCAGCUCAGCAUGCAAAGUUUAUCCAUACAAGAUCCAGAAGUGCUUCAUAUUCAAGCAGAGCAAAGUAAAGAAAAUCAUGAGCAGGAUGCAAGGUAUAAUAUCUUUAUGAAGCUUGCUGUUACCGGAGGAUCUGCAAGAGUGCUUUCUCUUCAAGCGGUGCAGCAAUCUAUGUCCAGGGCUUGGAGAGAUAAUUAUCAUGGAAUCUCACAGCUCUCCAGGUACAUAUUUGUUGCCCAUUUUCGCUCUUUGGAGGCAGCCAUGUUUGUGAUUACUCGUCAACCUUGGAGUAUGGGCUCAGAUAAUUUCUUGCUUGAGUGGAUGGACCCAGAUGAACAGAGUAGGAAUAUUCAGGAUUAUAAGUUCGAUGCUAUCUUUGUUACUCUUCGUGUUUAUGGUGUUCCUAUGAGAUUUAGAUCUCCUGAGCUUCUUAACAAGAUUUUGCAAAGUGUUGGUCAGAUUUCUGAGUUCCACCCAUUUAGCCAGGCUAUGCUUCAUGCUAAGACAGACUAUAUGUGGGGUACAAUCAAGGCUAAGGUAAAUGUUCCAGUUAGAGAUAAGAUUUGGGUGUCUUUUGAUAAAGAUCUUCAUGCUUGGGUAUACCUGUUCUAUGAGAGGAUUGGUCGUAUUUGUACUUUUUGUGGAGUGAUGUUUCAUUCAGUUCAGCAUUGCCCUACCAGAAACAACUUGCUUAUUUCUAAGCAUAGGCUGCAAAUUUCUCUGGAUCAAAUUCCAUCUGUUAGAUUUGGACAGUGGAUGGUUAAUAUGGAUCUCAUACCGCAACAAUCUUUAUCUGAUAUGCAGAAGGAGUUUGAUUCUUUUUCAACCUUUCAGAAUCCACAGCUUGCUCGUUUGCAGAAACUGUUUUUACAAAAUUCCCCAACUAGGUUCAAGAUGCAAGUUCAGGGAGACUCUUCAGUAAGGGUUCAUAAGGAAAAUAAUAAGCUGAUUCAGAAUGUGCUGCAAGCUGCUCAGGGUCAAAGCGGUGCUGCAGUGAAUUCAGUUGGAGUUAGUUUGACUGCACCUACUGAAAUUAAUGAAGAUCUACAAGAUAAGCGGUGCAAUUACACAGGAGGCAGUACAGUUCAGCUGUGUACAGCUCCAGCUCACCAGUCUGUUAUUUUGUCUGUCUUGGCUCAGAAAGAGAGUACUAGUCAGUCUGUCCCAUUAUCACAUUCUCUUCUGAAUCCCCCGUGCAUGCCUGCUAAGGAAUCAAACAUUCUUGGACAGCAGUUUGGGCUAGAUAUGGGGCUGCAGCUCUCUCAACCCAGUCAAAUGUCUUUAGGACAGUCUAGUACUUCUACUCUGCCUUUGCCUGUUAUCCCUUUGUCUUCAGUCCUAGAUUCCACUCGUCAGCAUGAACCUGCUAAUUCUGCUACACAAUUCACUCAAUCUAUUUGUGCUACUGCAAUUUCCUCUGCUAUGGAAGACAAAUCACCUAAUGAGAAGGGACAGUUUAUUCCACUUUCCAUUCACAACGCUUCUCCUUCCUCAUCUCACCAUCUUCCACCAUCCUCUCCAAAAUUUAGUCCCAAGAGGCCAUCUACUUCGCUUGCUGGUUUGACUAUGCCUCCUCCGAAGAGGAUUGGCGUGCUUGGCAAUGGAGGCUCGGAUCAAGAGCAAGUCGGAUCUGGGGCGGUGGUGCAUCCAGUCGGACGCUGUCCUCGGUCUUCGGGGCAUGGUUUCGAUGGAUCGGGUGUCCUCGAAGCUCCUCCCUCUGGCCCUCUUAUGCUCCGUCCCACAGCUCCAAGUAGACAUCUGGGUACUGCCACAUCUGCCUCUGCCGGACCCGUCUCUCGUGCUCCUACUAGAGUUACCUCUCUCUCUGCCGGUAAUAAACUUGUCUCUUCUCGAUCCGUAGCAGUUAAGGGGGGCCGCGGUCGAUUUGGGCCUAGCAAAUGGGAAACUUCCUCGUUCGGAGGAGCUGGAGGUAUCCGUCCCAAUCUCAGUGGGUUUACUUGCCAUCGUACUGGUUCUGCCUCUUGGCACCGUGUCAGUUAUGCCAGUCAAAUGGGCAAUAGCACUCUUAUGUGUGGAAGCAGCAGUAAGUCUUUGGCAAGCAUGGAUUUCCAAACCGCUUCUGAAUAGGGCAGAAAUUGUGUGAUACAAAAUGAAGAAGAAGCAGCUUGCUACGAUCCAUGGCCAAUCAGGACGCCUUCAGGCUCUUUUAUAGCAGAUUCAGAUAACACUCGCCUAGGGCCUUUCUCUCCUCCUCACGAAGAUUGCCUCAACAACUCGAGUAUGGAUGUUAAUCUUAGAGGCAGUCAUAAUGGAUCCAGAGCUCAGGCCACAAUGGAAGCUCAAGAUAACCUUAGCCCCUCUUGUCAAGGUGAUACAAUUGAUCGUAGGGGUAGCCACAUGAUAGAUGAGGUGAAUUUCGAUGGCCAGCAGAAUACCAACUUGGCUCACUACUCUUCUUGGGCAGCGGCGCAUGGCCCUAACGCGCCUCGGGCGCCAUGAGGGCAAUUUCUUGGAAUUGCCGAGGUAUGGGCCGGAGCCUCGGCAAUGAUCGUAUGCUCUUUCUGGCCAACUUGAUCCGUGCUACUAAAGCUCAGGGUGCUUCAGGAGGUCUCUGGCUUAUGUGGACGGAUGACCUUAAAGUUUCUGUUAUUACUUAUUUUGUAUAUAUGGUGAUCCCUAUCAUCGUCAAACUAAUGCCAUCUGGAGUCAGAUUACCACUUUUGUGUAUGAUAACAUUGGUACUCCCAUGGUAUGAUGGGUGACCUAAAUGACGUUCUGUAUGAUACGGAUGGUUGUAAUGGCAAUGUAAAUUACUUUCGUAUGAAUGCUUUUCGUUCUCU